AGUCACAGAAGGCUAUCCAGAUCCGGGCCCGUACUUCACUGGACCCUUGUGCUCGGUACCUGGCUGCCUGUGACAGAUUUCGACUCAUCAGUCAGUCAGUGCACUUUCUGGAAGCCCGCGCUAGCCUUCUUUCCCAAGGCAAAGGCAAUAUACCUGCACGCCACUCUGCAAACUUCCCCCACGACAAAGCUUCCACAGCCCGACCUUUUCUUGUCACGUUUACCAGGCCAUACAUUUACUAGAGCCUGCAUUUUCUUUGCAAACAAUCAGGUUUGCUGUCGGCGCUGCCACUACCAACUAUCAUUCUGCAGUCAGCAUUAGAAGCAGUAAUCAACACACUGCCCAGCAUGUCGACCGUUGCAACCGCACAAGUACCAGCAAAUGCCCCUGGAGGAGCAGAUGGAGGCUCACGAGGCAGACGACCACGGAAUCGCAAUCGCAAUCGCGCACCGAACGCAGUAUCCGAGGCGCAGGAUGAGGGGCACCCAAGUGGAGAGCAACAAUCACAAAGAGGUGGAAGGAACGGGCGAGGGAGAGGCAGGGGGCGAGGAGGUCAUUCUAUAGUACCACCACAAGUCUUGCAAACCAUACCUAGCGAAGCUUCAAUUUCAGCGCCUGCACCAGCAAGAGGAGGGCACCGAGGCAGAGGCGGCCCAGGACGAGGUGGAGCACAGAGGUUCUCCCAGCGCACGGCUGCAGGUGGUCGCCAGUUUGGAGGGCAGUUGACUGCCGAGGACGAUGCUGAAUCAGUAGCUUCUGCAAGUUUGCAAGCAGAUGCGCCUGAGUUCGAGCCAGGGCGGCCACUCGUUGGUCGCAAGCCACGAGCACUAAAAGAGAAGCAGCCACAAGCACCGAAGUCGACCGCACCGGAUAUCGCCACGAGAACGCACGAAGAUAUUGACAACGGUCACUACGAAUGCGCGAUCUGCACAGAAGACAUCAAGCGACGCUCGAAGGGUGUAUGGUCUUGCCGGACAUGCUGGACGGUCUUCCACCUGGGUUGCAUAAAGAAGUGGUCGACCAACGAGGGGUCAGCAGCUGCUCGUCAGCAGGCUCAGGACGGUGAAGCACCACCGCCGAGGCAGUGGCGCUGCCCUGGGUGCAAUCUGCCCAAAGAUGUUCUACCAAAGAACUUCUCGUGUUGGUGUGAGAAGGAACUCGAUCCAAAGCCGCUUACAGGACUGCCACCGUUCUCUUGUGGGCAAACCUGCUCUCGACCAAGGAUCCUACCGAAGAAGUGCCCCCAUCCAUGUGGGAUGACUUGUCACGCCGGUCCUUGCCCGCCUUGUUCCUUGAUGGGCCCUACCCAGCACUGCUUCUGUGGUGGCAAGUCCGUCACUCGACGCUGCGUAGACACAGACUACGAGCACGGCUGGAGCUGCGGCGAGGUGUGUGGCGAGAUGAUGGCUUGUGGAGAACACCGCUGCCCUCGACCAUGCCACGAAGGUCCCUGCGGAGCUUGCGAUGUGCGCGUUCCUGCGCGUUGUUACUGCGGUCAGAUCCAGAAGGACAUUAUGUGCUGUGAUCGUGAGGAGGCGAAGCAUAGCCGGCAGCGUCAUACUGCAACGGAUGGUGCCACUACGGUCGAAGAAUGGAUCGGGUCGUUCGAAUGCCCGAACACAUGCGGUCGCCUCUUCGACUGCGGAAAGCAUGCUUGCGAGCAAGCAUGCCACCGACAGAAUGCCGACUCAGCCCAUUGUCCACGGUCACCCGAUGUUGUUACUCACUGCCCUUGUGGCAAGACACGUUUGUCGGAAAUCUCGAACGCUCGUCGAGAGACAUGUGAGGAUCCUGUACCGAACUGCUCAAAGCCUUGCGACAACACUCUUAACUGCGGUCACAAGUGCAAGCAGCCGUGUCACCAGGGCGAAUGCUUGCCAUGUAUGGAAACAGUUACCAUAGCAUGCAGAUGCGGCCGAAACACCUUCUCCACGAUUUGUCACCAAGGAACCGAGGAGGCUCCACAGUGUAUGCGCAUCUGCCGUGUUUCGCUCAAUUGCGGACGACACGAGUGUGGUGAGCACUGCUGCGCUGGAGAGCGAAAAGCAGCCGAGCGACAGGCGAAUCGAAGGAAGCCACGUCCUCUGGACUCAGCUGCUCAGAGGCCUGGAGACAACUUCGAGGCAGAGCACAUUUGCACCCGUUCAUGCGGUCGCCAGCUGAAAUGCGGUAACCCUGAGCAUCGCUGCCAGGAGCUCUGUCACAAAGGUCCCUGCGGAACUUGUCGAGACGCGAUCUUUGACGAGAUUAGCUGCAAUUGCGGGCGAACCGUGCUGCAGCCCCCUCUUCCCUGUGGUACUCGGCCGCCUCCGUGCCGAUUUCCCUGCGAGCGACCAAAGAGUUGCGGCCACCCUCAAGUUGGCCAUACCUGCCACGGCGGCGAAGAGGACUGCCCCAAGUGCCCGUACUUGACAAUAAAGUCCUGUAUGUGUGGCAAGAAUGUCAUCAAAAACCAGCCUUGCUGGCUCAGUGAAGUUCGCUGUGGCGAAGUCUGCGGACGCACCCUGAAGUGCGGUAUUCACAAGUGUCAGAAGCAAUGCCACCGUGGCGGCGAGUGCGAGGAGCCUUGCAAGCAGACUUGUGGCAAGGAGCUGAGUGCCUGUGGACAUCCUGACAUGGCACGUUGUCACUUCCCGCAGCCCUGCAAAGAAGAUAAGCCUUGCCAACACAAGAUCAUCAUCACUUGCGAGUGCCAAAGGAUCAAGCAGGAAACGAAGUGUAACAGCUCAAAGUCUAGCGAAGGCAACAACAAGAAGACACUGAAGUGCGAUGAUGAAUGCGCACGUCUUGAGCGCAACCGCAAGCUUGCUCUAGCGCUCAAUGUGGACCCAGAGCACGAGACAGACCAUGUCCCUUACUCUGACAUCACACUGAAUCUCUACAUGGAACACUCGACCUGGGCAGCUACACAUGAGAAACGACUGAGGCUGUUCGCAGCUGACGAGGAAGAGAAGCGGCUUAGGUUCAAACCCAUGCCAAAGCAUCAGCGCAAGUUCAUUCAUUACCUCGCAGAGGACUUUGGCUUCGACACGGAAAGUAUGGACCCAGAGCCUCAUCGCCAUGUUGCGGUCUUCAAGACACCAAAGUUCGUUAUGGCUCCGAUGAAGACACUUGCGGAGUGUGCAAGAACGCGCCAAGUUCAGCGUCCCAUUCCUGCGGCACCGGCAGCCGCUCCACUUCGACCAAAACCGAGCAACACCACCGGAGAUCCUUACAACUCUUUCCUCAUCUUGAAUCCGCGCUUUGCUCUUACGAUUGAAGAAGUCAGCAUGGUCAUGAAGAAUGUCCUUUCACAGACCAACUUUCCACUCGAAUUCGAGAUCAGCUUCCUUCCCAGCGAAGCAGUUGCACUCAAGCCACCGCUAGCAGCCCGCCUCAACAUCCCAGAGCGUGACAUUCAGAUGAUGCUCGAGUCCGUCAAGACUCUGUUGUCGCAGGCCUUCACCGCGCAGAAGGUCGGCUCCCUGCAGCUAGCACGCCUGGAUGCAUCGCUCAACGUGCUACGCAAAGAGUCGGAUAUUGGCCCAGGCUCGGGCUGGAGUCAAGUUGCAGCAUCUAGAGGCAUUCCAUCACGUCAGGUGCAGAAGAGCACGCCGUUUGGUAAUAAGGGUGGCUUUGCCGUUCUGAGCUUGAGCAGCAAGAAGAAGAAGGAGAAACAGGCCCCUGUCGUGGACGACUGGGAAGCAGCCGAGGAAGAAGAGGAAGAGAAAGAAGAAAAAGAUAAGGCUAGUGGUGUCAAUAGCGGAGCGGUCAGCGAGGACGAUGGUGGUCCUUCGCGCCCGCGAAGCAGGGGUCUCGCUGAAGCUUCUGCUGACGAAGCACCCAUCUCGACCAAGCCCGGUGAACUCUUGGGACGCUGGUCUGAUUUGGAUGACGAGUAGUGUCUUCGAUAUUGAAGGCCCACAUGACAGCCGAUGCGUAGAUGAUAACAACUUUCAUACUCGAUACCAUACGCUUCCAAUACAACCAGUCUAUGUAAUAGACCCGUUGACAUCAUGAUCGUUGUUGAAUCGGCUUGAAAUGCAUCUGGCGACUCAUCUAACGGUCAAUUUGCCCGUAAAGACCCCAUUGUACGCAACGCCCCCAUCAACAACAUGUUUGCCAGGCGCCUCUAACUCAAUGUCAAACCUUCUCACUAUCUACCAUCGCCAGCUCCCGUGUCACACCAAUAGGUUUCACAGCUACUCACCUCAGGCAACAACUUGUACAGCUCCAUCACAGCUACAUC